UGCAGAUGAGACUGAGCUGAGGUUUGUUGCCUCAGAUCCCAAAGACGUUCACAUGUUCUAUGUCAAGGAAUUCUCAUUACUCAAGGACAUCGUCAACAACGUCACCACCAACCUCUGUAACAGUGCUGAUAGUUUAGACUCUGUCAGGCUGGUGAAUGGGACCAGUCUGUGUUCAGGCAGACUGGAGGUGAAGACUCACCAGUCUAACCAGUGGUGGUCCUCAGUGUGUGAAGCUGACUUUGACCUGCAGGAUGCAGAGGUGGUCUGUAGAGAGCUUGGCUGUGGGGCUCCUUCAGUCCUCCAGGGGGCGCUCUAUGGAGAAGUGGAGGCUCCAAUGUGGACCAAAGAGUUCCAGUGUGGAGGCCAAGAGUCUGCUCUCCUGGACUGUAGAAGCUCAGGCUCAGCUAGAACCACCUGCUCACCUGGUAAAGCUAUUGGACUCACCUGCUCAGCUUCUUUGUGUUCAGAGCCUGUCAGGUUGGUGGGAGGAGCCAGUCGCUGUGCAGGUACACUGCAGGUGAAACGAGGAGAGUGGAGACCAGUGGCUGACUCUGACUGGACCCUGAAGGCAGCAGCUGUAGUCUGUAGAGAGCUGAACUGUGGCUCUGCUGUUUCAACAGGAAAGGAAUCCAUUGAUGGGUCUGUGUGGUGGAUCAGCUCUGACUGUGUUUUAUCUGGAUAUACCCUGAGGGAGUGUUCAUCAUCACGUUCCUCCUCCUCCAUCCUGGAAAUCACCUGUUCAGACUCUGUCAGGCUGGUGAAUGGGACCAGUCUGUGUUCAGGCAGACUGGAGGUGAAGACUCACCAGUCUAACCAGUGGUGGUCCUCAGUGUGUGAAGCUGACUUUGACCUGCAGGAUGCAGAGGUGGUCUGUAGAGAGCUUGGCUGUGGGGCUCCUUCAGUCCUCCAGGGGGCGCUCUAUGGAGAAGUGGAGGCUCCAAUGUGGACCAAAGAGUUCCAGUGUGGAGGCCAAGAGUCUGCUCUCCUGGACUGUAGAAGCUCAGGCUCAGCUAGAACCACCUGCUCACCUGGUAAAGCUGUUGGACUCACCUGCUCAGAGCCUGUCAGGUUGGUGGGAGGAGCCAGUCGCUGUGCAGGUACACUGCAGGUGAAACGAGGAGAGUGGAGACCAGUGGCUGACUCUGACUGGACCCUGAAGGCAGCAGCUGUAGUCUGUAGACAGCUGGACUGUGGCUCUGCUGUUUCAACAGGAAAGGAAUCCAUUGAUGGGUCUGUGUGGUGGAUCAGCUUUGACUGUGUUCAGUCUGGAUCUACCCUGAGGGAGUGUUCAUCAUCAAGUUAUUCAUCCUCCAUCCUGGAAGUCAUCUGCUCAGACCUGCUGGUUCAGCCAGUCAUCUCACUGUCCUCCUCCAUGGACGGGGUCUCCAAGGCCCAGCAGCAGGGGUAUUCAGGUGUGUUCAGGGGCUUCAACUUCACCAUCAGCUGCUCCAUCCAGCCACAGUACCCAGGAGGCUUCUUCCAGCUCACCUUCACCUCCUCCAACACAACGCACAACUACACCCUGUCAGCUGUCAAUCACUCCGCCCACUUCCUGUUUCCUGCUGCAGAGCCCGCCCACCAAGGAGACUACACCUGUGUUUAUCACGUCUACGUGUUUUCUCAUAACUUCUCCUCUGAGAGCCGCCGGCUGUCCCUCACUGUCUCAGGUGAGCUGAAGCACAGAGUCCAGCUCAGACACCAGGUCCGACACAUGGAAUUAUGGGACCUGAAGUAA